CAGACCCCUGCUUUUUCUUCAACCUACUAUAUCUCAUACUUGAUACUUCCCAUCUCCCACCAAACCCAAUUCCCUGAUUUGCCCGCUUGGCGCUUUCCGUCCCACUUUCCCUUUAGGUUCCGGCGGAAUCCGUGGCGGCGGCGGUGGCGGCAGCGACGACCAUUAGAGGAUUCCGGCGAGCCCAGAUCAGAUCUGAAAACCCAUUCGAUUUCCCCCCUCAAUCUUCUUUUUCCCCUGUUCUUCUUUUUCCCUUGUGGGUUGAGGGCCCCCCCUCCCGAUUAGAUAUUUGUGCUUUCCAAUUCUCUCUCUAGGAAUUUGGCAUUUUCCGUUGCCUGCGGAUAGAUGUUUGAUAGGGGAGAAUUGAAGUGUAAGAUGGGUUUGGUCUAAAGAUUAAAAUUACAUUUCCAGUCGAAGUUGAUGGGGCUCUGUUUCAGCAGUGCCGAGGGUAGCAAACACCAGCGGUUCUCUCAAGAACAUCGGCAAUUCUCUUCCGUCAGUUCCAAGGGAGGAAGUGAAUCCAAAAAGUCGUCUGCUGCGCUGAAUAAGCCAGGCUCGUUUGAUACACAAAGUUUGACCAAGACAACAGCUCCCAAAGUUCAUAGGAACCUUUCUGAUCUUCGAAACAAUCCGGUAUAUAGUAAUGUCGAUAUCUUUACGUACAAGGAAAUGGCUCUGGCGACGAAGUACUUCAGGCCGGAUUUCAUUCUGGGAGAAGGUGGGUUUGGUGUUGUUUAUAAGGGAGUCAUAGAUGAGAGUGUAAGGCCUGGCUAUCCUACCACAUAUGUAGCAAUCAAGGAGCUUAAUCCGGAAGGGUUGCAAGGAGACCGUGAAUGGCUGGCAGAAGUCAACUAUUUAGGUCAACUCAGUCAUUCUAACCUGGUAAAGCUUAUUGGCUACUGCUGUGAAGACGAGCACAGGCUGUUGGUCUAUGAGUACAUGGCCAGUGGAAGUCUGGAAAAACAUCUUUUCCGAAGUAUGUCAUUUGUAACUUUCAUACGUUUUCACAUGUUAAUCAAUUCACCAAGGUCAAAGAGAAUGAAGAUCGCUCUAGAUGCUGCUAAAGGACUAGCUGUUCUUCACGGUGCAGAAAGAUCUGUCAUAUACCGUGAUUUCAAGACAUCAAAUAUCCUUCUAGAUGCGGACUUCAAUGCAAAGCUUUCCGAUUUUGGGCUUGCCAAAGAUGGACCGAUGGGAGACCAGACCCAUGUAUCAACACGAGUAAUGGGGACCUAUGGUUAUGCUGCUCCUGAGUAUGUAAUGACCGGGCACUUGACAGCUCGAAGCGAUGUGUAUGGUUUCGGUGUAGUGCUACUAGAGUUGCUUCUGGGAAGGAGAGCACUAGACAAGAGCAGGCCAAGCAGAGAACACAACUUAGUCGAGUGGGCUCGACCACUCUUGAACCAGAACAAGAAGAUUUUGAGAAUCUUAGACCCUAGAAUGGACGGCCAGUACUCGAGUAGGACGGCCAUGAAAGUAGCAAACUUAGCUUACCAAUGCCUUAGCCAAAACCCCAAGGGGAGACCACUGAUGAGCGGGGUGGUCGAAUUGCUAGAGAGCGUACAAUCGAAGGACAACGACAUCGACGAGUCAAUGUUCCAUAACAACAACCAUAAAGGUGUGACUCUUUACGAGGAUCCAGGCCGCAGUCAUUCAGCCAAGGGAAGGAGCAAAAGAGAAGGGGAAGGAAGCUGUAGGAGCGUUGGUAGUGAGGUCUCAGUAGAGCAGCAUGGCAGCAAUGCAUCUUCUCCUGAGCAUCACCAUCGUCAACCUGGCGGAUUGCCAAAUGUGGUAAGCAAUGCAAAUAGUCAUCAACCCUGAGUUUGGGGAGAAGUGGAAGAGUGUGUCCUGUGUAUACUAUUAUGAUGAUCUAUAUAGUGUUGUAACCCAAUUUUUGGAACAGAACUUGAAAUUGUAAGAAAUGUGUCAAGCAGGUCUGUCCCAUUUUGGUGUAAUGGAGGGGUAAGAAGAAGAAAAAAUAUGAGUGCAACCUUUUUUAUUCUACGUUUCCUUAUCAAGGUAGGAGAAAGAAACUUCCUUGUUCCCCAAGGAAUGUUGAUGGGGUUUGUUGUUCUUUUUGUUACCCGGUUCCUUUUUGUAUGUGAGCUCUGUGAGCCUUGCCUUCGUUAGCUUCAUUGCACUUACGUUUUGCUUCUGGGAUCUGUUGAUAAACAAUGACUAUGCGAAUUUGAUGGAAUUGAAACUUGAAAGUAAGAUGCAGAAA